AUGCCGGCCGAAGUAGAGCACACUUCUGGUGAUGCUCGGAAGCGGGCCGUGGCGGGGGCGGAGUUCGCAGAGUUCGUGCACGCGCUGCAAGAGUUCCACAGCAAGGCCGACCACGACGUGCUGGACGCGCUCCGAGUCGCCAAUAACGGGCGGGUCGGCAGGGUGUUUUCAGAGGCAGAUGCUCAUGUCUUGGAGAUAGGAGGGGCGUCCGGCGCAGGAGCUCCGGCUAUCCCCGUCGCUGAAUCCCCGCCACCGUCUCCGCUGGUCGGGGCCGCCGCCUCUCCUGCCCUCAAGGUAGAAGAGGCGCGGCUCCCUCCCCGGUCCUCGCACCGCGGCAAGCUGCGGGUACGCGAUUCCAACGUCUCAACCGCAUCGCAACAGCAAGAGACUGCCGCCACCGCCGCCGCCGCCGAUCGUGGUAAGCGACAGAGGACAGAGGUAGGGAAGAAGGGUAGCGGCGGUGCUGCUGCUGUGCCGCCAUUAGCGCAAGACGAGGCAGGAGCAGACAAGGAGAAUCAGCCCGCCGCCGCUGUUGCCAAGGGGAGGGGUCGCCCUCCUCUCCCCAAACGCAAGAAGCUUGGCGGUGGUACCGCUAACCCUGCCGAUGCGGACAGGUCUGGGCCGAAGGCUGAGCCCGUGAGGAGAUCUGGGCGUACCUCCGGCCUUCCGCCCGAGCCGACCGAAGGCAGUCGUGCGCGUGGCGGCAGCAUCGUCCGGGCGCCCAACAGCAGCGGCAGCGGCGGCGGCUGCACCCAGAACAACAGCGAAGCAGGGGACAACGGCGACAGCAGCAGUAGCGGUGAUGUCGCCGCCGCGGAGAUCGCUGAGCUCCGCGCCAUCAAGGUUUCGUCAAUGAAGGUCGUAGACCUCAGGGCGGCGUUGCGAAAGCUGGGAGCGUCCGCUGGGGGGCUCAAGGCGGUGCUCCAGGUCAGGCUCGAAGAGACCAUCGCCGCGCGCAUCUCCGAACUCGAGACCACCCCGCCGACUAUUGAAGGCGACCAGGACGAGCGAGAACAAGAACAACGGGAUGCCCCAGCAGCGGGCGCCGUAGCAAGCUCCGAGGACGCAAGUGCUAACUCGGGGCUGCCAUCCACCAGGUCGUCGGUGGCACCGGGGGCUGCUCUAGGGCCGCUCACCCGCCUCUCGAUGCCACGGUUAUCGGCAGAGUCGGCCGCGGUCCCCUCCCCCGUGCGUUCCUCGCCGUUCUUCGGGGAUGACUCGGAGCAGCAGCAGCAGCAGCAGGAGGCGUCCACCGCCGUAGCGGUUGCAGCAGCCGCCGCGGUUGGUGUUGAGGGCGCUCUGGAAGGCGCCUCAGGUGCUCCUGAGAGUGGGGGUGGAGGUGAUGCUGAUGAUGGCGUCGAAGAUCUGAUGGAUAUCGACUCGGAAAAGCUUGAGAGCGAUGAUGACAGCGGGGAUGACAUCGAGGAGAUGGAAACGGACACUUCGAAGAUAGACCAGCGUGGAGUUACGGUAGGGGAGGCGGCGGCAGCAGGGUCAGCACGGGAGGAAGACGUUCCCAAGACUGGUGCGUCGGGUGAUAUGGAGGACAGCGAGGGGGAGGGUGGUGCCGACCCGCCUUUGUCGCCGGUGCCGGAUGCUGCGUCAGGAGUACCUGCUAGGGCUGCCGCAGCCGACAACGAUACGCUUCCUGUCCCCGAAGAGGUGACGGAGAUUGUUCAGGUUGUCACCCCGGUUGGCGUGCCCGGCAACAUGGCGGAGGAAGAAGACAAGGAAGAGGCGGAAGAGGGAGAGGUGUUGCUGACAGAAGAGGGCAGGGAAGGCCUCGCUGAUGAAGCUGCUCCGGAGGAGAGCGGAUCGCCGGGCGGGACUGCUGUGGAAGGCGGGGCAAAGGUAGAGGGCGAGGGGGCGGGGGGCGGGGAUGCCUCGGCGAAGGGUAUGGCGGUGGAGGACAAGAGGCCGAACGGAGAGGCGGCCAUCGAGGAUAAGAUGGACGUUGAAGAGCCCAGGAGCGAAGAAGGAACUCCGCAAGACAUCUUCGCGCCCCCCGCGCUGGAGGACAAACCGGUCGGGCACGGCAGUGUUAGCAGCAGCAGCGGCACCCAGAGCUUCCCUUGCAAGACUCCCGGCAGCGCGGCAGUCUCUAGGUCAUCGACCUCUCUCCUCAGCUCCGGCGGAACCUCGAUCACGAACGCUCCCAGCAAGGAAUCGGGCGUAGGGCCGCCAGGGGGUAGCGGUGGCGACGUCGUCGGCGGGAAGCGCGCUCGUCCUAUCGCGGCCCAAGAAACGCCAGGCAGCGCGGCCGACUCUGCUGUCUCCUCGAGCGUCGGGCGGAGCGGCGGCGGCGGCGGCGGCGGCGGCAAGAGGCCCAAGACCUGCAAGGAGAAGGUCAGCCUGCAGGAGAUCAUGUCCCAGAUGAGAAAGACGUACGCGAAGAAGGGCGGCACUCCCGGCGCGGCGUCCAAGGCGGGUAACGCAGGAGCCCGCAAGGCGGCCGCUGAUUUCAUGGCGACUUGGAAGCCGGAGGUAGCGGCAGCGGCAGCACCAGCGGCGGCGGCGGAGGCGGCGGAAGAAGCUGUCCCCUCUCCACCGGCCUCGAAAUCGGACGCGCGGAGUGAGGCGGCGGUGGCAGCGGCGGCGGAAGCGCCUCCCGCCCCCGCCGCCACCGGGCCUACGUCGGCCGAGCCCGCUGCGCCGUCGACGGUGGGGGCGGCGGCGGUCGGCAAGCCCUCGAACUUGAUCACCACCCUCCACUCUUUCACCUCCGUGCUGUCCAAGAAGAACGCGGCGGCGGCGGCCGCCGCGCCCCUCGGCAAGUGGGACCGGCUCGCCGCCGGCGCCGGCGCUAGCUCGAACGCCCGCACGGUGCCGGCGCUGCGGAAGGCCGAGGAGGCGAGGCUCCUCGAGGAGAGGCGCGCGCGAGAGCGGGCGGCGUCGCGGGUGAGAACGCAGGGGGGAGGUCGGGCAACGGUGGCAGCUGCUGCCGGAAAGCAGCACCUGCAGCAGCCGCACGCUGCGCCUGCUUCUGCGGCACGCAGUCAGGGCGAACGUGUGACGCCUGACGGGGCAAUGGCGGGGGCCGCGAAGGCAUUCGCCACGCAGGCAGCGGCGGCGGGAUCGAACACGGCGGGAGUUCCAGACGGCAAGGCAGUAUCUUCGGCAGGCACCGGUGGUGCUCCUUCCCAGCCGCAUCUCGCCCCCCUGCGCGUCACCGGUAUGCUGUCCAAGCUUGUGCCGGGGUGUGUGGCCGGACCAGCGGGGUUGGGGGCGGAGGAAACAGCGUUGCCCCCGUCAAGCAGGAAGGUGUCCGACUUGUCUUCGUCCGACCUGCCGGAGCCGUUCCGCCGUUCAGAAGACCUGUUCGUCGGAGGGGCGGCUGCUGCGGCGGCAGCAGCGGCGGCGGUGGAUUGCGACAACGCUAGCGAUAGGUCCGCCGGCAGUACGUCUUCGUCUUGCUUUUCCAUGGGGGUUAGCUCUACGGCGGCCGGGCGGCCCAGCAGUACCGUGUCCUCUUCGGAGCGCGUCGAGAAGAAGAUCAGGGACCAGCGCGCCAAGAUCGCGCUCAAGCGUCAGGCUCGCAUGGAGAAGAUUAAGGCGGAGGAGGCGAGGAAGAAGGCCGAGCUCGAGACCAAGGAGCUGCGAGACGCGGCCCGCCUGGAAGCAUGCCGCCGCGCCAAGCAGGAGACGGAGGCAAGGUUGCGCGAGCAGAAGGCGCAGCGGCAGGCGGAGGUGGAGCAGCGUCGCGAGCAGGAGAGGGCCGACAAGGAGGCGAGGGAUGCCAGGGAGCGACAGGAGAAGGAGGCCAGGAGGCUUGCGGCCGCGGCAGAUGCUAAGGCUAAGGCGGCGCAAGAGGGAGCCGCUAUCAAGGCGCAACAGGCAAGGAAACCCGAGCCCGCAGCCGUCGCCACCGUCGCCGCACCGGCCGUCACCUCGACAAUCGCUGGAGCCACCGCUGCGGAAGGGAAGCCGGUGGCAGUUCUCAAGCGGGCUUCCCCAGCUGCUACUCCCGCUUGCUCGACCGACCCGACCUCGACAGCCGGCCGGCCGGCGGCGGCAGCUGUACCGGCGGCUGUACCGGCGGCGGCUGUACCGGCGUCUUCGUCGGGCUUGAAGGCGGCGGUCACGACGGCGGUUGCGGCAUCUGCGUCAAGCAGUAGUCAUGCUGCUGCUGCCGGCCCGGAGUAUUCGGGAGCCGCCUCAGCCAAGGGGAAGGCGGCCGCGGCGGGUACGGCGGUAGGGGCGGCGGCGGCUGGAACAGGGGUGGUGGAGAGCUACGAGAUGUCGGACCACGAUGGCGACACCUCGGAAAGCGAGAGCGACGAGGAGGAAAUGAGAGAGCGCAGCAGACGAUCGGGAAAGAAGAUCCCGGCGUGGGCGAAAGGCUCGGCGCUGUCGGAAGCCCUGACGAGGCAGUACGCCACGGGUCAGAAGGUGGACCCAGACAAGAUAUUCCCGGAGGUUUUCACUUGUGAUCUCGAGGCUAUAUUCCCGGUGACCAAGAGCAGGUACCAUCGGCGGGGCAGCAGCGCGAACUGGACACCAGACCGCGUUACCCCGCAGGAGGUUCUCACCUACAAGCGGAGCGUGGGGAUCGCGAAAGUGCAGAAACACUAGAGGUAGCGGCACGCGACAGCCGCCCCAAAGACCGCGACGCUAAUUGAUAGGUUGGGCCCACGAGGUUAAUUUGAUUGGCUGGCUGGGUUGUCAGUGACGGCUGUAUUUUAUUCGUCCUGAGUUGCGCGAGAAUUGGCCCUUAUUAUUCGGUGGCGUUCUUCGAAGACGGGGGGAAGAAUAGGAAGGACAAGACGGAUGAAGUACGUGGAACUUGUGUGUGUGGGUUAACGGGUUUCGCUGUUGAGCACGUGUGUAUGUAUUACUCCGUAUGUGUUUUCGUUUUUAGUGUGCAUCUGACCAGGCUUCGGUGAGACCUCAGGCCGAGUCAUAGUGGAACCCUGCUGAUCCUGCUCGUGUCUCAAAGGGAUGUUCACGUGGCCCUCCGGAUUGUCAGCUGGGUCAUGCUUUCACGGCGCUGAUUGGGCGAUUCUGGAGCUUGCUCGUGGUUGGGUGUCGGAGAUCGGAGAUCGUCUGAUUGGAUUGGCGCGCGUGUUCCGUACGGUUGUCGUUGUUCUUAACGUGUGCCCGGUGUCAUGGAUAAGCCCCGCACGAGCGGCAAAUGAGGUGAAGCAUGUCACUUUUGAAAAUGAGAAAAUCAGGCAGCGCUCCCUGCGUAUAUUAGCGCGCUCGUGCGCUAUGUUGGCGUGCUCGGUCGCCAGGCCGUCGACAAACGGCAAUUCGGGGUCAGCUUGAGAAGCGAAUAGCGCACCCUGGUUGGGUUCCCGGCUUUGCUUCGAACAAGCGCGCCCGGCGGGGACGAGCGACUGCGGUGGCGCGAUCGACGAAGGCAGCCCCCCCUUUUUUACCCAGCGAAGUAUGUUGUGUAGUUUAGCUGAAGGGUUUGGUGUGGUUGGGGUAUUACGCCUCGGACAGCCUGUGUCGCUGGCUGCAGUCGGGCUGGUGGUAGGGAGUGAGUGUUUUGCUUCCUAGCCGGACUUUUUGCAGGUCAAAACAAGUUUUCCCGAGUUGAAGGAAGUCGUGCUUUGGUCGGAAAGGGUCUCUCUCCCGUCCGCCGCCUCCUCCCCCCCACGCUCUUGUACAUCAGACACCGCUGUAGUCCUUAUUCAGACGUAGUAAGCGCUCUCUGAUUUGCGUUUCUGAGUCGGGCGAAUCAACGUAAGCCGCUGUGGGCACUCUGUUGUUCGGAUACAAGAUUUUGUAAAGUUGAUCAAGUCAAAACCCGUCUGGGUGUCUGCGGAAAGCAGGGUGGAAAUUUGAGAUGGAGAAGAGUUUUGGGCAGGAAAACACGUAAUAAAGAUAGUAGUACGGGAGAGGCCUGGGGUACUCGUAGUGAGUGUUCCUUGCUAAGGGUAGGUGCUGUUUCGGCUGCGUUAGUCGUACUCCGUAGUGUUUGGAGUCCUUCGGAAGCACCGCAAGUCGGAGGGAGCACAGCAGCAGCAGAGGCAACCACGCGCAGUCUGCCCAAGAGUGUUUUCAUCUUCUGCCGACUGUCACCCACAUGAUGGCCGUCUGCAUUGAUUCGAUGAGUGAUGUGAACAGGAGUCAGGCCGUCCUGUAUCUCGUUAAAUAUCUACGAGCGAGCAGGGAUGCAGAAUGCGUUUUAGUAUCAAUGCCAAGCAGUAAAGGUUGUUCGGCUGUACCUUUCUCGGCUCAUGCCGGGCUAUCAUCAUGGGAGGAGC